AAAAAGUGGCAUCUCUGAUUAGAUCUCGCUCGCUCGAGCCAGUCCUAACAUGGAAGAAAGGGCCAAAAACCAUCUAAUCUCCACUCCUUUGGAUCGAAAGUACUCUCCAGCUCAUGACAGUGAUGAUAAUAACUACAGAAACAGCAUGGAGAUAUUGAUCUUUGUUGCUUGCAUGGUUAUCUUAGUAUCAUGGGUUCUCAUUCACAGGUUGAAGCAAAGGAAUGUGAAGGGAUGUCCCAAAACGUGGCCAUUGGUAGGCGCUGCCAUCGAACAGCUGUUGAACUAUGACCAAAUGCACGACUGGAUCCUCAAAUAUCUUGCUCGGUCAAGAACUGUCGUGGUCCCAAUGCCGUUCACCACUUACACUUACAUUGCUGAUCCAACGAAUGUGGAACAUGUUCUCAAAACCAACUUCGGGAAUUAUCCAAAGGUGAUUUAAUCAUGCUGUCUCUUCUUUUAUCCCUUUUAUUGAACUUUUUCUGUCACUUUCUUGAAAACCAGAGAAUCACCCAUUCCUGUUCCUAUCCUGAAAAAGAACUGAGUGAUGCAUAUGCCCGGUUAUUAGGUCCGAGUGCUUGUAUGGCUGAUUUUCUGUAGACUUCACCUCAUGCUUUAUACCGGGGACACAUAUCAUUCGUACAUGGAAGUGCUGCUUGGUAAUGGAAUCUUUAAUGUUGAUGGAGAGCUGUGGAGAAAGCAAAGGAAGACAGCAAGCUUUGAGUUCGCUUCCAGGAACUUGAGGGAUUUCAGUACAGUUGUCUUCAGAGAGUAUAGUCUUAAACUUUCUGAAAUUCUGAGCAAGGCAUCUCACCAGAAACAGGAAAUAGAUAUGCAGGAAUUGUUGAUGAGGAUGACUUUGGACUCCAUUUGCAAAGUGGGAUUUGGUGCAGAAAUAGGAACAUUGGCCCCUGAAUUGCCAGAUAAUCGCUUUGCACAAGCAUUUGACACUGCAAACAUAAUUGUGACUCUACGAUUCAUCGAUCCUCUGUGGAAAAUAAAGAAAUUUCUCAAUGUGGGAUCAGAAGCUGUUCUCGACCAGAGUAUAAAAAUUAUUGAUGACUUCACGUACUCUGUUAUAAGGAGAAGAAAGGCUGAGCUGGAAGAAGCUCAGGGGGCAAAUAAGGAUGCCAAGAUUAAGCAUGACAUCUUGUCAAGAUUUAUCGAGCUCAGCAAAGAUCCCGACAACCAUAUGACUGACAAAAGCCUAAGAGAUGUUGUACUGAAUUUUGUGAUCGCUGGUCGCGACACCACAGCCACAACACUUUCUUGGGCUAUAUACAUGAUAAUGACUCAUGAAGAUGUAGCAGAGAAGAUUUACGAAGAACUAAAAACUCUAGAGGAAUCCAGGGCAAAAGAAGAAAAUAUCAUAUUGCAGCCGUAUCAGAGAGAUGAUUUUGAAUCAUUCAAUAAGAGAGUAAUGCAAUUUGCAGGACUCCUCAAUUAUGAGUCCUUAGGCAGACUAUUUUACUUGCAUGCUGUAAUUACAGAAACACUUCGAUUAUAUCCAGCUGUUCCUCAGGAUCCCAAGGGCAUCCUGGAAGAUGACAUUUUACCAGAUGGAACCAGGGUAAAAGCAGGAGGAAUGGUAACAUAUGUUCCAUACUCCAUGGGGAGAAUGGAGUACAAUUGGGGUCCUGAUGCAGCUUCAUUUAAGCCGGAGAGAUGGCUCAAGGAAGGAUGCUUCCAAAGUGCAUCUCCUUUCAAAUUCACCGCCUUUCAGGCUGGGCCAAGAAUAUGCCUUGGGAAGGAUUCAGCAUACUUACAGAUGAAGAUGGCACUUGCAAUCCUAUGCAGAUUCUACAGGUUCAAACUGAUUCCAGGGCAUGUUGUGAAGUAUAGGAUGAUGACAAUUCUAUCGAUGGCACAUGGAUUAAAAGUAUCAGUUUCAAGACAUCCUGAAGCACCUGAGUAGCAGCAGCAGGAGGUCAGACAUCGGUGGGAGGGGUGUGGAACGACGGGAACGGAGACGGCUCUACACCUCCACCUACUAAUUUAACUAAUCUUCUUUCACGGGCAGUUUUGAACUCUUGGGUCAGCUUCUGCAGCCAACUCAAUGUUCCUUUGAUUCGGAAGUAGCUCACGAUCCCCAUGGUCUUACUUCGGGAAAUUUGACACCAUGUUGGUGGG